AUGUUAAAAAAUAAAUUCAAAUCUUCGAGCAGUAUUAUGUAUGAACAAGUUGAUACAAGCUAUGAAGGAGCUAUGGGUCAAGGAAUCUACUUAGAAGCUCAUGGAGGCAGCUGUUACUGUGCUAUUGCAACUCUACAUUUGAUGGGGAAGCUUGACUCUGCAUUAUCCAAUAUUCAGAAACAUAGACUUGUACGGUGGUUAGUGAAUCGGCAGGUUGGUGAUGGUUUACAAGGCCGACCAAAUAAACCUCCUGAUGCUUGCUACACAUUCUGGAUUGGGGCAUCACUGAAGUUACUGGGCAGCCUCAGUUUCUUGAAUCUGGAAGCACUUCGGCAGUUUGUUUUGUCAACGCAGGAUCCCAUCACUGGAGGAUUAGCCAAAUAUCCUGACUCCCACCCUGAUGGUUUACAUACUUAUCUAGGAAUUAGUGGGCUCUCCCUCCUGGGACAAGACAACUUGAAACCAGUAGACCCAGCCUUGAACAUCAGCCAGCGUGCUCUUAAACAUCUCCAGAUGAUGCACAAAUCUACUACUUUCAACACCCAUUCUGAAAAAUGCUGAUGAGAACAAUUAUUUAUAACAAAAUCCUCAUAUGGUAACUUUGUUUUUUUGUUUCACUUCUACUACAUGAGGUAAAUUAUAUAAUAUAAUAAAUAUAUAUACAAAUAUAUAAAUAAAUAAAUAAAUAUAAAUAAAUAAAUAAAUAAAUAAAUAUAUAUAUAUAUAUAUAUAUAUAUAUAUAUAUAUAUAUAUAUAUAUAUAUAUAUAAUAUGUAUAUAUUAUUAUAUAUAUUUGUUUUAAACACAUCAUCUGUUUCCCACCGAGGCAGGGUGACCCAAAAAGAAAGAAAACACCCCCCAGAGAAGAAAUAACUCUUCAUUAUUCAACAAUUCCACCAUCACUCAUACAUAAUCACCAUUUAUGCAGAAGUAAUUUUUAUUGUCUUCUCAGAUCCUUACAGGUUCAGUGCUUAAAUUAAUUGUAUUAUAUCAUUGUCCUUUCAGUAUUUUUAUCUUGGUUUACAAUUGUUAUUACUUAUUUAUAGAAUAGCAGAGCUGUACUUCCAGUAUUGUGUCCUCAGUAUAAGUUUCCAAUGGUGGUAGUGGUGAUUUCACAUACUACGUACCUCUUACAUCACUUUACUAGUCUAGUACUUAUUUUGUAAAGAAAUGUCUUCUUUAUGGUUUUUUUUUAUUCAGUACAGUUAUGUUUUCCCUAGCUCUUGUUGAUGGUGAACAAAUUUCCUUUUCUAAUAUAUUUAUAUCCUUUUUAUAA